CAAAGACGCUUCACACUACGGUCCGGAAGUUGUUCAAGCGCUUGCUGAAACUGUGAAAGACGCCGCUGAUGACGACGACAUUGAUCUCUUUGGAUCAGAUGAGGAGGAAGAUGCUGAGGCCGAACGUUUGAAGGCAGAACGUUUGGCCGAGUAUCGUGCCAAGAAAGCCGCCAAACCUAAAGUUAUCGCAAAGAGUAUGGUAAUGUUGGACGUGAAGCCGUGGGAUGAUACUACUAAUAUGGAGGAAUUGGAAAAAUCUGUAAGAUCAAUUUCACUUGAUGGGUUGACUUGGGGACAGAGUAAAUUCGUGCCGGUUGGUUAUGGAAUAAAGAAGUUGCAGAUUGGAUGUGUGGUGGAGGAUGAUAAAGUUGGUGUUGAUGAUUUGGAAGAGAGAAUCACUGGGUUCGAAGAUUAUGUUCAAAGCGUUGACGUUGCCUCAUUCAAUAAAUUUAUCCAGGGGAUACUACCAGAACAACAGCAACAUAUCAGCACCAAAGAUAUUCCGAUUAGAAGGUCGAAUAUCAGUAAUUUGAUAAUGUCAAAGAAUAGUUUUAAGCUUGCGUGUAUUCAACUGUUGGUUACCAAAGAUAAACUGAAAAACUUGAAGAAUGCUAGAAGUAAAAUUUUGGAGGCAGCGAGGGAAGGUGCCAAAGUGAUUGUGCUUCCGGAAUGCUUCAACUCACCAUAUGGAACCCAGUAUUUUAAGGAAUAUGCGGAAAAUAUUCCCUCUGGCCCUAGUAUCAAUGCGUUAUCUGAAACAGCAAAGGAAGCGAAUGUGUAUUUGAUAGGAGGUUCCAUUCCGGAACGCGAAGAAGAAACUGGGAAAUUUUAUAAUACUUGUACAGUUUUUGAUCCCAAGGGAACAUUCAUCGCCAAACAUCGUAAGGCACACUUAUUUGAUAUCGACAUUCCGGGAAAAAUUAAGUUUCAAGAAAGUGAGAUAUUGAGUCCCGGUGGGUCGUUGACACAAUUUGACACCGAAUAUGGAAAAAUCGGUAUUGGUGUUUGUUAUGAUAUGAGAUUUCCCGAGCUGGCCAUGAUUGCUUCUAGAAAAGGGUGUAUCUUGAUGGUCUAUCCCGGUGCUUUUAAUUUAACGACAGGACCCCUACACUGGGAACUUUUACAACGAGCCAGGGCGGUUGAUAAUCAGAUUUUCGUGGCAACUUGUUCACCAGCACGUGAUUAUACCGCGACCUAUCAUGCUUAUGGACAUUCUACUAUUGUAGAUCCAAAUGGUGAGAUACUAGCAACAACUGAAGAUUAUGAAAGUAUAGUAUACGCCGACAUAGACUUAGAUAAAAUAAAAAUCAUUCGACAAGGUAUUCCAGUUACCACGCAACGACGGUUUGAUUUGUAUCCAGAUAUUGCUGCUAACAAUGGUGACGACACCAAAGCUACCGAUUAUAAAUAA